AUGCGAUUUUCUACGGCGUUGCUAUGUGGCGAGGCACUGACAUUGGUGGGAGCGUCAGGUAUUGCCCGCGGUCACUCUUUGUUCUCGAGAGCAAACCGCCCGACGGUCACAAAGACGGUGACGAUCCUCGAGACGGCCGUGUCGGACUGCCCUGUUCCUACAUACACAGUUUGCCCCGAGGACGACCUCUUCGCUUUUGCUCAAGUUGGAUCGAGCACGAGUCUUCGCACCAUCUCGGCAACACCCUCUGCAGUCGUCUACAACGUGUCCCGCACCGUCAAGAUCAAGACGAUUACGAUCACCGACACGGCGACCGUCUGCUCCCUUCCGGCCCUCACAGGUGUCGAGCCGCAGACAACUGGUGUCUUGAACACUGAGCUUGGCGAACCUGGACAGCCCACCCAGACACCUCUUUUAACUUCGUCUAUCCCUACCUUGUCAUCUCUACCGACAUUUACGAGCACGCAGUCUGUGCAGACUACGCCUGCGGAGACUACCCCCGCGGAGACUACGCCUGCUGCCGAGUCAUCGAAUGCUAUUCUGAGCAAGGUCAAUUUCGGCUCUGACGCGAGUGUUGCGCCCUUUCCACUGCCGAACUCGACUUUCAUCGCUGGUACAGGUUUUGCGACGGGCACAGGCGGGAAUCAACUCCGACCUACGGGCUCAAUAAGCUCCACCAGCGGUCUAAGCUCAUCAACCAGUCUAAGAUCAUCAACCAGCCUGAGUUCAUCAUCCAGCCUCAGCUCAUCACCCAGCCUGAGCUCAUUAAGCAACACAACCAGUAUCAGCACACCAGUGCCUAGCUCGACAAGUCUUAACGCGACAGAUCCCACCACCAGCACCACCUCGACAAAGGAAGACUGGGACUCUUCAGCCAUGGAGCUGGGAGACAUUUUCACCGUUCCCAUAGACAUCAAGCCGCUACCUCGCCAGUUCUCAUCUCGGCCCGAUCACCCAGUCCCCCGGACCGGUAUCCAGACCAGGGGGCCGCUUCAGACCAACAAGUUUUACUCCAACCUAUUCCUGGGAAACCAAAGAGAUCCCGUUUACACUUACCCAUACUCGGUGUCAUGGGUUGACGGCACCGGCGUCAGUGGUAGCUAUGGUAUGGCUUGCUCGCACAUCGACGAGAAGCAACGUGUGUUUGGGCCGUCCAAGUUUAAUGUCUCGGCGUCUUACUUCAUCAACCCCAUCGGCAUCCAUUCGAUGAUUAUCUCGGCCAGAGAGCUUGACAAGGGCACCAAGAUGACCUUGGACAGCAUGACGGCAUCGUCGAUCCGUGCGCAUCUGAGCUCGAGCACCUCAUCCAAGCCACUGGUCUCAUUCCCUCUGGUCCAAGGCAUGGCAUACAUCACGGCUGAAUACAACGGUGCGACACCACUUCUCCAAACUGGCGUGUUCUUCCGAAAUAUGACUCGGUCCACACAGAAGCCCAAGAAGGACGUUACAAAACACAGCUUUCUGUUGGAAGAUGGCACGACGUGGCGCGUCUACGGCUACAAGACGAAAGGAGACGACCUCGACUUACAAGUCCUCAAUAAUGGAGUGGCCACGUCGGCAAAGCCUUUCUACGGCAUCAUCCAGGUUGUGAAGGAAUCCACGACCACAAACUCGGACGAAGAAAGCAAGCUCCUGGAUCAGGGUGCAGGAAUCUACCCGGUUACCAUGAACCUGUCUGGCGGUGUGAAUGGAGCGGCUGGAAACUACCAAUUUAACUUUGAAAAGCGUGGCCAUCAGGAUGGCGAGCUUUUGAUGUUUGCGCUGCCUCAUCAUGUGCAAUCUUUCGACAAGCCCACAUUGGGCCUGCGUGCAAAGACUGUUUCGCUCAUGACACCGACCAAAGGUAGAGCCGCGCUGGUGCAAGGCACAAAGUGGAACAUGGUAGAGCCUUCGAUGCCGGUCAAGCUUGGCUUCGACCCCUACGACGCUCAGAAGGGAUCCAUGAACAAGCUGUCCAAGAGCGCAAAGUCGACCAUCAAGGCUGCUGCUUCCAAGGAGCUUUUGCAAGACAUGAUUACGGCAACCGACCUCGACUCAAUGUAUUUUAGCGGCAAAGCGCUGGCCAAGUAUGCGUUCCUGCUAUAUGUCAUCAAUGACAUGCUCGGGGAGACGAAGCUUGCGCAAACUGGGCUGGGGCAGCUCAAGGCAGCGUUUGGCAGAUUUGCCGACAACAAGCAAAAGUAUCCGUUGGUGUACGAAACAGCUUGGGGGGGCGUUGUAUCGACUGGAGCCUACAAGACCGGACAGGCACUGGAAGACUUUGGCAACACGUACUACAACGACCACCACUUCCACUAUGGAUAUCACAUCUUGGCGGCUGCGGUGAUUGGGCAUUUGGACCCAAGCUGGAUCGCCAAGAACAAGGACUAUGUCAACAUGCUGGCGCGAGAUACAUCGAACCCGAGCGGCAAAGAUGCCAUCUUCCCGGAGUGGCGAUCGUUUGACUGGUAUCAUGGCCACAGCUGGGCGACGGGUUUGUAUGCGUCGCUGGAUGGCAAGAACCAGGAAUCGAGUUCGGAAGAUAUGAUGCAUGCGUAUGGUCUGAAGAUGUGGGGCCAGGUAUCUCGAAACGCGCCCCUGGAAGCUCGGGCGAAUUUGCAGCUGGCCAUUACGGCACGAAGCCUGCAACAGUACUACCUGUAUGAGGAGGACAACACGAUCCAGCCCGCGGAAUUUAUUGGAAACAAGGUGGCGGGUAUCCUGUUUGAGAACAAGAUUGAUCACACGACGUUCUUUGGCAACGAGAUUGAAUACAUCCAAGGUAUUCACAUGAUUCCAAUCUUGCCAGUGUCGACGGUGGCGAGAAGGUCCAAGUUUGUCAAGGAAGAGUGGGAGGCAUUCUUCAGCAACGGGCGGGUGGACAAGAUCGACAACGGCUGGAAGUCUCUUUUGCUUGGCAACCUUGCGACGAUUGAGCCCAAGGAGGCGUUUGAGGUACUCAGUGGGAAGACAUUUGACAGCAGGUGGUUGGAUGGCGGCGUCUCGCUGACCUGGCUGCUGGCGUACUCUGCUGCUCUCGGCGGGUUGUAA